CUUGGCUGCCGUCGAAGGAAUCGACAAGAAUGGCCCAACAGCAUCUUCUGAUGCACGUGGCGGAGAUCCCGAUAUAGGAGCGGUAAAAAUUUCUUGGAAGCCUUAUCAACCCAGUGUAGGAAUCUGGUGUAUCAUCAAGGUGACUCUGAGUCUUCAGUGCUCUCUGUCAGGAUCGUCUCAGAGCGGAGCAGCGAACCUAAAGGCAUUGCGUUCAUCGCAAUCUUGAUCCAAAAUGACUAUCUCCAUCUUCAGUGCCAAACAAUAUGACCGGACGUUCUUUGACCAAGCCAAAGAUCGCUCGGGCAUCAAGCUGACGGUCCGAUACCAUGGAGAGUCUCUCUCCCGCGAGACUGUGGCCCAUGCUAAAGACGCAACGGCUGUCUGUGUCUUUGUCAACGAUGUUGUGAACGCCGACGUCCUGAAGGAGCUCCACAUAUACGGCGUGAGAGCUAUCCUCCUUCGAUGCGCUGGAUAUAACAACGUGGAUCUGGUAGCCGCCGAGCAGUUUGGAUUCUUCGUGGCCAACGUGCCCUCGUAUUCUCCGGAAUCGGUUGCCGAAUACGCUGUCGCUCUCGUCCAGUCACUCAACCGCAAGACAUACCUGGCCCACGACCGUGUGAGAUUGGGAAACUUCACCUUGGAUGGGCUUCUGGGUUUCGCGCUCAACGGCAAGACUGUUGGAAUCAUCGGUACCGGGAAAAUUGGCGUCUGUUUCGCCCGCAUCAUGCAUGGCUUUGGCUGCCGCCUUGUGGCGUAUGACCCUUUUCAAAACGAGGAGUUUGCCAAGUACGGCGACUUUGUCGAGCUGGGGGCUUUGCUGGAACAGAGUGACAUUGUCAGUUUGCACUGUCCUCUCCUCGAAAGCACGAGGCACGUCAUAAAUAAGGAUACUCUGAAACAGAUGAAAUCGGGAGCCAUGUUGGUGAACGUGUCUCGUGGCGGCUUGGUCGAUACCGAUGCGGUGAUUGAAUCGCUCAAGGAGAGGCACCUCAGUGGGCUAGCUUUGGACGUCUACGAACGAGAAGGAUCUGUUUUUUACACGGAUCAUUCAACAGACAUUAUCGACGACGAUGCUCUAAUGCGCCUUGUGUCGUUUCCAAACGUCAUCAUCACUGGCCACCAAGCCUUCUUCACCGGCGAAGCCUUAACCGAGAUCGCCUCCGUGACCUUGGACAACAUGAUCUGCUUUUCCCAAGGAGUGCCAUGCAAAAAUAAUAUCUUACAAGGGAGUCUACUAGCCCGACAGUCUUCCAAACCUCUGCGGAUAUGAAAAGAGGUGACAAGCUUCACAACCACAAUUUACCAUAACUGCUCAAUUACGACCCACGCUCGACGCUCGACACGAUACGAUACGAUAGGUUGCCACAAUCACGCCCUGAAUAAUCUUCAACACAUUCAAUGGUGGGCCCAUUAUUCCUACAUGAGCCACCACUGAGUGUGCUUUUGAGAGCCAAUCAAUGGAUUCAUUCGAGGCGACCGGUACCUCCAUAUACUGCAUUCUCAGCGGUGACGUAACCUGGCCUCUGGUGGAAGCUCAUCUUACAGUUCUUGAAUCUCUCUGCUCAGCUCCCGGGCGCCCGCUCGUCAGUGACGGAUAGUUCUCCUUUGUGCCAAACUCUCUCCUCAACGUAUCCCUAUCAUUUUUGUGCUUUAUAUAGUGUUUCCAGUCCUCGUCGAUCGUGGUUGCUAUGUCGCAACCGAUCUACUUGAUUGUCCCAACUUUUGACUGCUAGGAAUGGAGUCAUGAAGAGCUGCGGACCAGAGUCUUCUCAUAUGUCAGAUUUCAACUUAAAUAGAUUCAUCGAUCUCCAAUCAACGAGUAGUAUUGGCUUGUGACGUUUGGAC